AUGCAAGGUGACGUAUCUGCGUCGGACGAGGAGGAAGAGGAGGAGGAGAAGCAGAGCGCGCAGGGCUCGGAAGUCGACUGCGGGGCUCCGUCCCGGAAGGUGUCCUUGGCCUACUCGCUCUACCAGGAGGCCGUCGACGAAGACGACUUGGCCGAUGCCGCGUCGGAGCAGGAACCGGGUUCAGGCCUUCUGUUGACCUAG